AUAGCUCGUCGAUAAAUAAAAAAAAUGGCGGUAAAUUUAAAUAUAAGACAGAAUAAAAUUGAAAUAUUGUUUUUAGCAUUUUAAAUAUGCGUUAAUAAUUGAAAAGUUAAGAUCAUAACUUAAUUUUAGUUGGUUUUUGGUAUUCAAAUGAUUUAUUUUAUUACUAAUUUUAUUUUUUUAAAUAAAUUGUCAUCCGUAUCCAGGAACGUCAAGUAAGAGCACUACUAGCGCCCUCAAUGCAUGUUCUAUUAACUACGCAUAAUUAUUUAUCCCCACAAAGUGUCGAUCAUUAGAAAAGAAUCAUAAAUCAAUUAAAAGUCAGUGUACAGGGAGCAGACCAUGGGUAACGAGAGUUCUCUACCCAUGGAGCUAUGCUCUAAUUUUGAUGCAGACGAAAUUCGACGGCUUGGAAAAAGGUUUAGAAAAUUAGAUUUGGAUAAUUCAGGAGCUCUGAGUAUCGAUGAGUUCAUGUCGCUUCCAGAAUUGCAACAAAAUCCAUUAGUUCAACGUGUGAUUGAUAUUUUUGAUGCUGAUGGUAAUGGCGAGGUUGAUUUUAAAGAAUUCAUCCAAGGUGUUUCUCAAUUCAGUGUCAAAGGAGAUAAACUAUCAAAAUUGAGAUUUGCUUUUCGAAUUUACGACAUGGAUAACGAUGGUUUCAUCUCAAAUGGCGAACUAUUCCAGGUUCUAAAAAUGAUGGUCGGCAACAAUCUAAAGGACACCCAACUCCAACAAAUCGUCGAUAAAACCAUCCUCUUCGCCGACAAGGACGAAGACGGCAAAAUCUCCUUCGAGGAGUUCUGCAACGUCGUGGGAAACACCGACAUCCACAAGAAGAUGGUCGUAGACGUUUAAGUUUUCGCGAUCGCGCGAGCUCAACUUGAGGCCCGAUAUUUUAGCUGUCGCAAAUUAGAGAAGUUCUAGUAAACUCAAAUCAAUUCUGUCGUUUCGGUUC